UUUGCUUUUGUUUCCCUUGACAACAGGAGUAUCGUUGAAAUGGAUGUUGUUGGUGGCUGUCAGGUGGUUGCGAUGUAUAGAAAAGUGUUAACAUUGUGAUUACAGUGAGAAGGAAGGGCGGGGUUUCAAUUGGUCAUACUUCCGCUGUUGGCUUUAUCUAUCCAUUAUUAGUGUCCAUUGGAUGUAGUAACCAGUCAACAAAACAAUCCACAAGAUGUGUUCUGUAAUACAUCCUGUAAAUAUGGAUGCCAACCGAGAAUCUGGAUUAGGUAGUGACUCCGACAACAUGGCUGAUCUUGCAGCUUUACUGCAAACGGAAAUUCCAGAGGGCCGCAGUAGCCUUGCUGAUAGCCACACAAAUCUGGAGAGAGUUGCUGAAUACUGUGAGGCUAACUACUUUCAGUCUGAUAACAAGCGUGCUGCUUUGGAGGAGACAAAGAACUACACCACCCAAAGCCUGGCAAGUGUGGCGUAUCAGAUCAACACAUUAGCAUACAAUUUUCUGCAUCUUCUUGAUUUGCAGACUGCACAGCUAGCAGAAAUGGAAAGUCAGAUGAAUCACAUUGCUCAGACUGUAAUGAUUCAUAAAGAGAAAGUAGCUCGCCGUGAGAUUGGUGUUUUGACAGCCAAUAAAACAUCAGCGCGACAGUACAAAAUCAUUGCUCCUGCCAAUCCAGAAAAGCCUAUAAAAUAUGUUCGCAAACCUAUUGAUUACACAGCACUAGACGACAUAGGACAUGGAGUACGCACAAGCAUCACUCCCCGCUCAAAGCAGCGAGGCCCUACUGGCAGUGGGGGCAGUGCUUCAUCUCUUGGAGUAUUAGUUGGGCCUGCUCCAACUACCAAACCACCUACACCUCCACAAACGUCACGACCUGGUGGUGGAUCCACAUUGGGACCUGGGGCUUGUGGCAGCCUUGGAAAGGGAUCCCGGGAAUAUCGUACCCCACCAGCUGUUGCACCACCUCAGGUUCCUAGUCAUUAUGCACCAAAUUACCCUCUAGGGCACCCACGAAGGGGUGAGAGAGGUGCUGGUUAUAGUACAUUACCAAUGCCACCACCACAGGUCGGCACCGUGCAUCCACAACCACAUACAAACACACUGAGUGCUGCAACUGCUGGGGGUUAUGGACAGCGAUCCACUGAUCAUUUACCACCUCAUCACACACUUCCACACCCACAUCAACACCACCCACAUCAGGUACAGGCAACUCGUCACUUACCAGGCAAUGUGUCACCACCAUUGCCACCACCACCUCCACCAGAGCAGGAAGCACGGCUCCGCAUUGUACCUGAUGAAGAUGAUUUGCCAGGAUGGGUACCAAAGAAUUAUAUUGAAAAAGUGGUAGCCAUUUAUGAUUACAAUGCUGACAAAGAGGAUGAACUGAGCUUCCAAGAGAGUUCGAUCAUAUAUGUGCUGAAGAAAAAUGAUGAUGGUUGGUGGGAAGGAGUCAUGGAUGGUAUCACAGGAUUGUUUCCUGGAAAUUAUGUUGAGCCUUGUGUUUGAAAAGCUUUUUAUGUCCUCAUUGUUACAUUAAGAAUGGUGGAUACAUUAUUACUACUACUACUACUACUACUACUACUACUACUACUACUUUCAUUGCUAUUAUUUUUGCAUCACAAUAUGACUUUGAAUGUUAUUUAUUGUGACAGUAAUAAGUCCUUAAGUUUGAAUUGCACAUGAAGUUUUGUUGGGUAUAGCAUUGGUAAACUGCUCUAAUAUGGCUACUCUGUUUAUAACAAAUUUUGUAAGGCUGUAAGUCUUUUUUUUUUUUUUUGAUAAUGAUGGCCAGUGUUAUUUUAAAAUGAUGGCCAGUUGUUAAUACAAAAGUUUGCAUUGAAUAUAAUAAUAGAUAGGCACAUUUGCACUGAUAGUAGAGUGUAGUGAAGAUCUGUGUGUUUGCAAAGAUUGAAAAGCUUUAACAUAAAACUGAUCACUGGUGGUUGCACAUAAAUUUAUUGCCUAAUAUUUUGCACUAGUAGCAGAGUCGUCUUUUGUGAUCAUAUAAUUAUCUACUAGUUGAUGGAUUUUGAGGACUGCUGUUGUUUUAUUAGAAUUAGAAGAGCUGACAAACGCCACCACUAUUGCACAUGUGCAGUGUGCAGUUACGUAAUUUAAACUAUAUAGGAUGAAAGUAUUCAUGAAAAUCUGUGCUCAUUGUCAUACCAUAAGACUUCUCUAUGAUUCUUGUUGUUUGUUAUUCCUUUAGUUGCAGCUAAACUCUGACAAUAUAUUGUAACUGGAAGAAGUAAUUUUGUGAAACUUGACAUGCCAAAUUUUGAUAAGUUUUGCAUUCUGAAAUAAAGAAAUGAUGUUAAGCGAAUAA